AUGAGUGCAUGGGUAACUAUUUCUACCGAUACCUUCACCGGAAAUGGGCAACAAGGUAAAGAUUUUUGGCGCCGCAUUACUGAGUACUAUAACGAGUAUAGAAAAUCUUUUUCUUCUAGAACACAAUCAAAAGUAAAGGCGCAUUGGUAUCAACUACUUCCUAUCAGUAACGAGUUUAACCAAAUAUUUAUUAAUGUGGAAAAGAAGUAUGAUAGUGGAUGGUCUGAUGACCAAAUAAAGGAGAGAAAAGAGCCAAAAUGGAGUGGUGGAAGUAUGGAUGAUGGUAAUGCGAAGAGAACAAAGACAACCUCGUCUGGUAGUUACACAUCAUCGUCGGAUGUGCAAUCAUCCGAUGUGCAAACAAGCAUCGAUGUUGAGGACGAUGAUGAAGUAGAAUUUCGUCCAAUUGGGAAAAAAAAAGCAUUGGGUAAAAGAAAGGGAAAAGCAACGACAUCAAAUGUCGAAGUAAAUGAUAGUUUAAGAGAUUUGAUUAACCAAACUAACUCUUUGCGUAUGGCUCGAAUAGAUGAAGUUAAUGAGAACAUCAAAGAUAUAAAAGAAUCCUAUAAGUCUUCGAAAAGAAUUGAAAGAAAUAAAGAUUUUAUCUCAAAGUACUCAAGGAUUGAAUGA